AUGCCGCCGCGCUGGGCGCCGCUUGAUCCGAAGUCUCUCGAUUCGGCAGGAAACACGAACGGCAUCGCGGCGCGCGACUUUGUCACGUGCGUGCUGCGCUUCGCGAUCACGCGCGAGACGGAAAAUGGCACCAUUCUCAUCGGCAUUACACUGACGACGCCUGGCUCGAUGCCAAUCCACUCACUCUCGUCAGCUCACUCUCUCUUUGCCGGUCGCCGCGCCGCCCUGUCCCUGGGGCCGGCGCUCGCGCUGCUGACGGCCCGGCCGGCGGCGGCUUCCUAUGCGAUGCAACAGGCAGCGGUGCAGUCGCAGUCGUGGCAGGCGACAGGAAAGGAGAAGGAGCGCGCCGUGUACCGCGCGAUCGAAGAAGACAUCGACUCCAAGCGCCGCUUCCGUGAGGAGGCCGGAGACCUGGGCUAUGUCGGCGGAGAGUACACGAAGCGCUCCGCAGCGUCGAGAGCGUCGUACGACCGGCAGGCUGAGGAGUCGCGGCCACAGGGGUCCUACACGCGGCCUGAAGAGCUCGUCACGGCCGGCACGGCCCGUGCGGUGAGCCGCCGCGUCAACUCGCUCUGA